AUGGAGUUUGGGAGUGAAAGCAUGGAGAUGGAAAGCAACCUUAUGGUGAAGAAGAACCAGAAACUGGAAGCCUUUGAUAUUCUCAGAAAAGCUCUUAUAAUCUCUGCCAGAAACAUCAACUUCUUCAUCUUCACCAUUCUCACCUCCCUCCCCCUCUUCUUUUUCUUGGUUUACUAUGAAAUUUUUCUCCAAAAUUUCCUGGCUGAAAUCUUCGAAAUUGUGAAACAAUCCCCAGGUUACGACUACUGCUACAGUAUAUGGCCAACAGGCAGCUUGAAUGAUAUCACCCGUAAACUAAACAAAGAGUUUCUCGAUGAGUUGAUUCAACUAUGUCUUCUUUAUCUGGUGCCUCUCCAUCUCCUAGAGCUCAGCACUGUGCUUGUGAUCGUUGACUUGGCAUCCAAGAUAUAUACAGAAGAGGGACCAAUGAUGAGCCUCAAGGAAAUGGUAAAUAAGCCCUUUGACAAAGCAAGACUCAAAGGCACUUUCAUUACAUCUGUCUAUGUUCUCUUCUUGUCAACUUGUAUUUUACUCGGAUUGAUAUCGUUAGUAACAACCUACUUUGUUGUCUUGAGGAACUUCGGUUGUGAUGUGUUCUUUGCUGCACUGUGUUUGCCAGCAUUUGUUGGACUGCUAGCUCUGUAUUUGGCGUUUAGUGCUGUAUGGAAUAUGAGUCUUGUGAUUUCAAUGUUGGAUGGGGUUCAUGGAACUGGGGCAUUAGCUCUAGCAAUUUAUUACAGCAGAGGUAGCGAGUGGUGCGGGCUUCGUUUGAUGCUGGUUUUCUUUGCUUGGGGAGAGGGCUUAAGGUUGCCAUGCCUCUACUUUGGCUGCUAUGAAAGAGAGUAUGGAAUUGUUGCACAGAUUAGCUUGUUCUGCUUGGGGAAUGUCCUGAAGUGGGUUGUCUGUACGGUAUAUUUCUACGAUUGCAAAAACCGGGCUUUCAAGAAGAAGGAAUGUGUUGAAUCUGUUGAUGAUGAAGUUGGAACACAGGUGGAAGCUGUUAAGGAAUGA